AGAGGAGCUGCGUCCAGUCCAGCUGUGCUGGGGGCCAUCGGAGGUCACUAGCACCCGUGGGCAGGAGCGUGACUCCAGAAGCCCACCAGGAUCAUCCUGUGCUGAGGCCAAGCAGGGCACCCGGACACUGCCCAGUGUGAGGGAGGGCACCCGCCUCCCGAUCCUGCCGCACACCUGGGGACACCUGGGCCUUCAGCCUCAUCUCUGUGACUGCUCAGGCAGCCAUGUGUCCUUCGACAAGUCAGGGUACCCAAAACUGUCCCUGCUCAGCCUGAGAGCUCAGCCCGGAGGGCUGGGCAGGUAGGAGCUGUGGGAGGUGCCCAGAAGCACCUGGUCCUGGGCAGGGCCAGGAAGAACAAGGUGCGCGCCUGUGUGUGUGUUUGUGUGUGUGUGUGUGUGUGUGUGUGUGUGUGUGUGUGUCCCGCACCACCUUCAGGGCUGGGUCGCAGCAGAUGCCACCAAGGGACAGACCAUGUUCUCUGGGGACCCCCUCAGGCUCCCCUCCUAGCUUCCGUCCCGUUGGCAGGGACAGGAGACUUCUGAAUGGCCCCCUGUCUGCUUCCACCCUCCUGCCCAGGGAACAGGACCUGCAUUAUGGCUGGGGGUGGGCACUGGCCUCUCAGAGGAGCCUGAGGCCUCCCCAGCCCCUCAGCCCAUUCAGCCCUGCCAGGUGCAGCCCAUCCAUCAGGCAGCUGUCAGUCCCUUUGCUGCCACCUGCUGCUCUGCCAGCCUGGCCAGGCCUCUCUCCAGCCCUUUCACUGGCACUUGCAGCUGCAGGGGCCCUGGCCUCCCUGGGGAACUGAUCCAGCUGCCCUGCUCCCCACUGGGGUUCCUCCUGCACCUCCCAGACCAGCCUUCCUAUCCCUAGGGUGGGGGAGGCUCCUGGGUGUAGCUGGUCAUCCACGAGGUGGCAGUUUGAAGUCAGCCCCACGCCCUGUGCAUGACACCACUCCUGGGCAGCAUUCCACCUGUGACCUGCAGGUCUCAGGCCAGACUCUGGCUACACCUUUCUCAGGCAAACCCAGCUCAGACAAGGAGUAAUGCCGGCUUGAGUGACAGCUGGUGUUUGGGAUGCCAAAUCAGAAGCCCCAAGACCACCUCCCGCUUCUCAGUGAGGCUCCCCAGGAUGAAUGAGAGCUCCCGAGGUCCAGGCUUCUCCUCCUGUGGACCAGUUUCCCUUCUAGUGCAUUCCCUUGCCCACUCUCCAAGCAGUGCCAUGACUGUGCGCCUCCCACUGCAGCUCUGCUGGCCGUGCAGCACAGGCUGGGACAUAAAUGUGCUGGGCCUGCUUGGAGCCAGAACUGAUGCUCCUUUGGGCCCAGCUCCGUGUCACCCCCCACUCCAGGCCGGGCCCUGGGGCGUGGCCUCAGGGCCACCUGCACCACCCUGCACCAGGCUAUGUCCACACAGCAAUUUGCCUGCCCAUCUCUCAGCCUCUACCCAGCAGCCUCUGAGCCCCCAAGAUGUGGGGAUGGGAGGUGCUGUAGCCUGCAGGGCCCCCGAGGUGGGUGUGGGGGAUGCCCGGCGGGCCCCACGGGCCCGAGCAGAACGUCGGAGGCACACGAUCACCAAUGGCGUGGACUGUGGCCUGCUGAAGCAGGUGAAGGAGCUGGAGCAGGAGCAGGAGUUGCUGCUGCAGGGCCUGGAGAUGAUGGCGCGAGGCCGAGACUGGUACCAGCAGCAGCUGCAGCGGGUGCAGGAGCACCAGCACCAGCUGGGCCAGAGCAGAGCGGGCGCUGUGAGUGCUGGGACCGAGGACUUCGGGACUGCCGGGGGCCCCCGCCCUCUGGGCCGGCUGCUGCCCAAGGUGCAGGAGGUGGCACGGUGCCUGGGGGAGCUGCUGGCUGCCGCCUGUGCCUGCGCGGCUCCCGGCCCAGCCCCCGCCUCAUCCUCGCCCCCCAGCUGGCAGCAGCAGACCAUCCUCAUGCUGAAGGAGCAGAACCGGCUGCUAACCCAGGAGGUGACUGACAAGAGCGAGAGGAUCACCCAGCUGGAGCAGGAGAAGUCAGCGCUCAUCAAGCAGCUGUUCGAGGCUCGAGCACUCAGCCAGCAGGAGGCCGGGCCCCUGGACUCCACCUUCAUCUAGUGGACGGAUGGAGAUGCCGCGGGUUGGGGUCCUUGAGGGGCCCCACCUACCCCUUGCAGUCUGGGCUUCCUGACCUAGAUGCAAACCAGUUCUGGCCUCAGACUGCGACCUGGGUGGGGUGACAGCCCAGAGCUGCUCCUGCCAUUGUCAGUAGACAGUGGGGGCCCCACCUCUGCCUCCAGAUCUCAGGCAUCCCUGGGGAGGGAGGGCACAUUUACAGCUGCCCUGUCCCCUCCUGCUCUGACCCUGGGCUCCUGGGUCUCUAGGAAGAGCGGCCGCUCCAGGCUGCACUUCCAAUCAUGGCCAGAAGAGGGCGAGAAGGGAGCACUGGCCCCAGACCUGCCGCUGCCAUAUGCAGGGACACUGGGGCCUUGGGUACACCCAGACUUGGGGACCCAGUGCCCGGGGAUGCAGGAACAGAUGCCUUCCCUCAGCCAGGCCUUUAAGACACUGUCUGCGGCUCAGAUGUGAACAGACUGGGGCAUGAGGUGCCCUCUGAGAGGGGGCUCUGCUUGGCCUGUUGGGGGAGCCCCAGGGCGGGAAAGGAGCUGGCUGCAGCUGCACAGGCCUGGCAGGUGCUGUUGCGGGGCAGGGCUGGGCUUGCCAGGCCCUAAGAGGAUACGGCUUUGGGUUUGUUUGGGUUUUUUUCUUUUUGUUUGGUUUUCUUUUCCUUGUUUUGUAGUACUGGGGAUUGAACCCAAGACUUCUGCAGUGAGCUGCAUCCUCAGCCCUUUUUAAUUUUCAUAUAGGAUCUCUUAAGUUCCCCAGGCUGGG